AUGCUCUCCCCUCAGCCGCGCGCCUGGCUCACCGGCCUCUGCGCCCUCCUCGCCGCCACCUCCACCACCGUCGUCGCCUCGCCCACGUCUCUCCACCGCCGCGCGGGCCUGACACCCAGCCUCUCGGGCGCGCUCAACCCCAUGUCCACCGGCAGCAGCACGUACCCGCGGGCAAACUUCCUCUCCUCGGGCGCCAUCCUCGGCGCCUUCACCGCCUUCCCGUCGGGCACGGGCGAGUCCGUCAUCACGCUCGCCUCGUCCCCCGACUCGGGCGUGACGUGGAACCCGCUCGGCACCGCCGCGUCCGGCCCGACCAACACGACGGACAUCGACAACCCAUUCCCGAUCGAGCUGCCCGGCGGGCGGCUGCUCGUCGCGUUCCGCAACCACGACCAGGAGCUGGACCAGACGUACACGUACUUCCGCAUCACGGUUUGCUACUCGGACGACGGCGGCGCCUCGUGGGCGUACCUCAGCACCCCGGCCUCGGACCCCGGCGCCGUCAACGGCAACUGGGAGCCCUUCAUGCGCCUCGACGGCGACACCCUGCAGCUGUACUACUCGCGCGAGACGAGCGCCGCCGACCAGGACAGCCUGGUGCGCACCAGCACCGACGGCGGCGCGACGUGGUCCAGCGCGACGACCUUCACCGGGGCGGAGUUGACGAAUGCCCGGGACGGCAUGCUGGGGGUUGCCGAGUUCGAUGGCGGGCUCAUUGCCGUCUUCGAGACCGAGACGGGCGGCGGCAAGUUCCACAUCGGCGCCGUCACGUAUGACGGGACGUCGUGGGGUGACCGUAGGGUCGUGUACGAGAGCGAUGGGUUCAAUGCGCAGGCGCCGCAGGUGGCGAAUGUGGGCGGCACCCUGGUCGUGAGCUUCCAGACGGAUGAGGAUGGCGACUAUGUUGUCAAGGUUGUGACGAGCGCGGAUGGCACGGAGUGGGCGGAUAAGACGACGGUGAUGGAGGCGACGAGCCAAUGGGCUGGUCUGUUGACGCUGGAUGAUAGCAGCUUUUUGGUCAUGGCUGGGAAUAAUGGCGUUGCGAGCGCGCAGAAGGUCGUGCUUAACUAG